GGCCGGCCAGCAGCCGCUGGGACACCUCUUGGACGCAUUCGUAGUCGCAGAGCCCCACACGUGCAACGGCACCUCCGACUGCUGCACACAUCCCGAGUACUGCGUCUGCCAACAUGAUAACUUCUGCCUUUGCUCGGAAAUCGCCUACUGGAGCGAUGCGGCCGACCUCUGCGUGCUGAAAGGUGAUCUGGGUGCCAACUGUACGGUGGAGGCGUCCGUGGUCAGUGACCAGACGUGUCAACCCAAGCACAGCUCUUGCAUUAGCGGCGUCUGCGUGUGCGACUUCCCGUUCAGCCCGGAUGACAGUGGCGUCAUGUGCGUGUCCAUGCAGUCGGCAUUCUUUAACACCACGAUCCUCAUCUCCAUAUGCAUCCUCUUCGCCGUCGUCGCCAUUGGCGUUUGCAUGCAGGUCCGCAGCAACAUGCAGAGGGUGGACUCUGACAUGACGUACUUCUCGGCGUGGUUCGGCAGAGUGAACUCUGACAUGACGUACUUCUCGGGAUGGUUCGGCAGAAUGGACUGCGACAUGACGUACUUCUCGGCGUGGUUCGGCAGAGUGGACUCUGACAUGACGUACUUCUCGGCGUGGCUCGGCAGAGUGGACUGCGACAUGACGGACCGGUCGGCGUGGUUCGGCAGAGUGGACUCUGACAUGACGUACUUCUCGGGGUGGUUCGGCAGAGUGGACUCUGACAUGACGUACUUCUCGGCGUGGUUCGGCAGAGUGGACUGCGACAUGACGGACCGGUCGGUGUGGUUUGGCAGAGUGGACUCUGACAUGACGUACUUCUCGGUGUGGUUCGGCAGAGUGGACUCUGACAUGACGUACUUCUCGGGGUGGUUCGGCAGAGUGGACUGCGACAUGACGUACUUCUCGGCGUGGUUCGGCAGAGUGGACUCUGACAUGACGUACUUCUCGGUGUGCUUCGGCUAAGUAGACUGUGACAUGGCGUACCGGUCGGGACGGUUCGACAUCGUGGACUGUGAUAUAACGUACCUCAGUCUGGUGGGCAGCGUUGGUUGUUGCGUAACUUACCAUUCGUUCUAAGUAACAAUCGAGCCUUUAGCCCAACAUGCCGAUCACUGCCGGUACAGGGUCGCAGACGUGUUCAGCGAUAGUUCUUGAUGUAGUUCAUGACAUGGACGGUGGCGUUCGUGCGCGAGUUGACAGGGAAAUAUACUCUGCUCUCGUCAUCAUCCACUCUUGGUGGACGAUGACGAGAACACUCGAGCACGUACCAGUGACAGGGACACGGGCACGGUGCGUCCGGCGAACGAGGAGUGCGACACUCGCUGCUGGCGGCCGGGGAUGGGUAGUUAGCUGCACUCGUGUGCCACUGGACAGCGACGCUCGCAUGUCGGCUGCGCCUCGACAAAGAUACUCACGAGUCGCCAAAUGGUGGCGAUAUCUAUUUUUUGUUCCGCCGUUUGCG